AUGGCUGGAGCUCCCGCAGCCAUCUUGGGCCAUGAGGUGGAAGGCGCCUACAGAAAACAGCAGAGCCCGUGCCAGGCCUCCACCCCCAGCACCCGGGUGGCAGCGGCCCCAGCGAGAUCCGCAGCCCCAAGUCCGCUGAGACCUUCGGAGGCACCGCCAAGCGAGGGGAAGCGGCAUCUUCGAUCCUCAGAGCCUCCCUGGCGCGGCCUCACCCGGGAGCCACGAGCCGGCCGGCAGGCACCCUCCUGGCUUCACUCUGCGCGAGUCCCUGGGACCCCCCAGGGCAGGACCCCGGGCAGCCUCGACAGGUGGACAGAUCAGGCCGCGCGCCUCUCUCUCUCGCAGAGCCUUGGGGAAGGAAGGGACGGUGGCAUCCUGGAUACCCCCGCGGAGUCCCGAGGCAGCGCGGGGGCGCGCCAGCGGGCUUACUGCUGCCUCCGAGAGCUGGGCAAGAUGCUGUUCGGGGUGAAGGACAUCGCGCUGCUGGAGCACGGCUGCCAGGCCCUGGAGGUGGACAGCGCCCGGUCCCUGAUGAUCCUGGGCAUCCCCGAGGACUGCGGCCACGAGGAAUUCGAGGAGAUCAUCCGGGCCCCGCUGGAACCGCUGGGCGAGUUCGAGGUGGCGGGGAAGGCCUUCGUGGAGGAGGAGCGCUCCAAGGCGGCCAUCAUCAGGCUGCUGGGGGACGUCACCCCCGCCGCCAUCCCCCGGGAGAUCCCGGGCAAGGGCGGCGCCUGGAGGGUGGUCCACAUGCCCCGCCAGCAGGACAUCGAGUUCCUGACCAAACUGAACCUCUUCCUGCAGAGCGAGGGCCGGACGGUGGAGGACGUGGCCCGGGUCCUGCGGCAGGAGCGUGCCCGACGUCUGCAAAGAUGUGGACCUGGACGUGCUCGUGGACGCCCUGAAGCCCGUGGGGACCUUUAAGAAGAUCGGCAAGGUGUUCCGCCGGGAGGAGGACUCCACGGUGGGGAUGCUGCAGAUCGGCGAGGACGUGGACCACCUGCUCAUCCCGCGCGAGGUCCGCCUGGCGGGGGGCGUCUGGAGGGUCAUCUCCAAGCCCGCCACCAAGGAGGCGGAAUUCCGGGAGCGGCUGACCCGGUUUCUGGAGGAAGAGGGCCGCACCCUGGAGGACGUGGCCCGCAUCAU